AUGAACUGCAGUCAAGCUCCUGGCUUCAUCCUCAUGGGACUGUCUAGUGACCCAGAGAAAAGGCAGCCCCUCUUUAGCAUCUUUCUUGCUCUCUACUUGCUGGGAAUUUUAGGGAACCUACUACUUCUCUUAGCUAUUGGCACUGAUGUCCACCUCCACACCCCCAUGUAUUUCUUCCUCAGUCAGCUCUCACUCGUGGAUCUUUGCUUCAUCACCACCACAGCCCCUAAAAUGCUGGAGGCUCUGUGCACUGGAGAUGGAUCAAUCUCAUUCUCUGGAUGCCUGACUCAGUUUUACUUCUUUGCUGUUUUGGCAGACAUGGAUAAUCUGCUUCUAGCAGUCAUGGCUAUUGACCGCUAUGCUGCUAUCUGCCACCCACUGUUCUACCCACUUCUAAUGACUCCUUGGAGAUGCGAAGUUCUUGCCAGUGGGUCAUGGGGAAUAGCUCAUUGUGUGUCUCUGUUCUGUACCUUAUUGCUCUCUCAGUUAUAUUAUCAUACCAAUCAAGGGAUACCUCAUUUUUUCUGUGAUUCUAGAGAGUGA